CAUGGACUGUCAGUUCUGCUCAGAAACCCCCAGAGCGUGGAGUUUACGCGCACCAAAGCUCUGCGCCCUGACUGAUUUCUGAGAGUUUCCACAUCCUUUCAGUCUACAGCAAACUCUCACGUUGUUCACCGCUUCAUUUCUGUCACCCUCUCGCUGCACCUGCCCCGCUGACCCCGCGGCUCAUCUGGAGACUCAUCGCUGGGUCGGGAGUUGGAUCUGCCAGCUGCGCAGGGGAGCUCCCCCGCGAAACGCGCCAUGGAAAACGGGAGAAUCGCGGCUGCUUAGUUCUUUUAUCCUUGAAGGCUGUUUUGAUUCAAGAAGAGACUCUCAAAGGACAAAGUCUAUUUUUGCAUUAAGAAGAAACUGGGGUCAAAUAAACCGGAAUAAAAUCAAACUGACAGAAACUUUUAACUUGGAUUUUGGUGAAGCUGGCAAAGAUGUUCUGGUUUGGCUGUUUCAAGUUGGGCAUUUUCAUCCUCUUCUGUUCGCCUUUCACAACUGGACAUGCUGGAAGAAGACCCAAGAUUCUGGGUCCAGAUCAGCAGGUUCUUCAUAAGGACCAAACACUGACUCUCACAUGCAGAGGUCAUGGCGCCUUGAACUGGACUCUUGCCCAACGACUGCUGUCAUCGGACGGGGUGAAGGUGGAGCGGUGUCACUCCAAACAUCACUCCCACUGCAGCAAGCUGACAGUCACACAGUUGGUAGUCAGCGACACUGGGAGGUACACCUGCAGAUCCUCAAAAGCAGGUUCAGAGUACACCACAUACGUUUUUGUCAAAGAUCCCGAUCAACCAUUUGUGGAGAAAAACAGCACUACCUCCGUCCUGUUGAAUUACAGGCACGAAAGCAGCCUUGUGAUCCCCUGCCGCACCACCUCACCCAACACUUCUGUAACACUCACAGCGCUCCCAAAUUUAUCAAGGGAUGUUGUUCAACAAAUGGAAUGGGACCCAAAGGUGGGCUUCAAGAUUCGCUAUGGUCCCUACAAAACAUAUUCACUGCUCACCUGUAACUCUGUCAUCAAAGGACGCCACUUUAAGUUAUUCUACAUCCCAAAGAGGCUGAGUUCUAUGCUACAAAAUGCAAAGAUCACUCCAGAUCGCGUCAAAGUGUUGAUUGGGGACACCCUCACCAUAAACUGUAGUGCGGAAACCUCUGCCAAUGGAGUGAUUGAUUUUUCCUGGGAUUACCCAAAUAGGAAUAAAAAACACCAAACAUAUCCUUAUCAGAACAUCACUGGUAGCCUAAAGGUGAUGAAGAAAAGCCUGCGGAUUGAAAAUGUUACCUUGGAGGACAGAGGAGUGUAUCACUGCAAAGCUGAACUUGAACCCAGCAAACACUUGAAUGUGUCUGCAAGAGUCUAUGUCUUCGAGCAUCCAUUCAUAAACGUCUCCUACAAGCAUGAACGUCCUGGUACAGUAGUAGUGAAUGAAGGCAGGAAGAGGAUUGUGCUUGAGCCCAAGGUCAACGCCGUGCCCAAGCCAGAUGUGACGUUAUGGUAUAAAGAUGGGGUCCUCAUUCAGAAGAAUUCCACGUGUUACAAGAUGUCAGAUUAUAGCUUGGCCAUCAACGAUGUGCAGCAGAAGCAUGCUGGCAUCUUCACUAUAACUGUGGGCAGCAAACUGAAGGACUUGUACAGGAACCUCAGCUAUACUCUGGUGGUUGAAGUGAAACCAACUAUUUCAGAGGCAGAACUCACCACCAUGAACGUGCAGCCCUACAAGUCUGGAAAGCAGCACAAGCUAACCUGCACUUCCUAUGCACACCCACUGCCAAACAUCACAUGGCGGUGGCAGCCUUGUCAUGAAGACCCAACGCUUAAAUAUUGCUUGAGUUACACCGAACCAAUCAUGGUCAACACGGAUAAACAAGGAAACUAUUCCAGAAAUUGGAUCAAAAACAUAAAUGCGAUGGUUGAAGAGGUGGAAGGUAAAAACAAGACGGUGAGCACACUGGUGAUUGAGGAUGCUCGUGUGUCGGGGAAUUACUCCUGCGUGGCUCAGAAUGAGGACGGCAUGAGCACCAUGAUAGUACCUUUCUUCGUUGGUGAUCACCAGGAAGUCACUGUCGAACCCCAGACAGCAAUAGAGGGCGAUGACGUCAUACUGACCUGUUGGGCAACCCGCUACCUUUACACCGACCUGCAGUGGCUGGAUUCCAGGAAUCAAGUGAUCACCUCAGAUGUCUCUAGCCUUCAGCUGAGCCACUACUCUAUAUCACUCUCCCUCCAUCUGCACAACGUGUCCCAAAACAGCACCGCGGGUUUUAAGUGCCGAGCCUCUAACCUCUACAAGAGGGUUGACAUCAAGACAGCUAGGCUAAUCGUGGAAGAGAGAAAACGGCCAUGGCUCAGUCAGAAUCUGACAAAUCAAGACGUGAACAGCAGCAGCACCCUAGUUAUGGCCUGCUAUGCUUUGGGAGUUCCUCGUCCCCACAUCUUGUGGUACAAGAAUGGUGUCCUAGUGGAGGAGAGCCCAGGUGUCACCCUGGAAGAAGACGGCACUUUGGUCAUAGAAAGGGUGAAGAAAGAAGAUGAGGGGCUCUACGAGUGUGUUGCCCAAAAUAUUGAGGGCUUCGCCAAAACAAGCGCUGUGGUCACAGUGCUCGGGGAAGACGGAAAGCCAAACAUUGAAGUCAUCAUUUUGGUGUGUACUGGAGCUGCUGCCACGUUCCUCUGGCUCAUGCUGAUCCUCUUCAUUCGAAAGCUAAGGAAGCAGCCAGCACACUACAAGAUGGGUCCGUCCAUCAUCAUUGAUCCUGAUGAGUAUCCCCUCAACGAGCAGGACGACCUCCUCCAGUACGACAGCAGCAAGUGGGAGUUUCCCCGGGACCGCCUUCGGCUAGGAAAAACUCUUGGCCACGGAGCUUUUGGAAAGGUGGUUGAGGCCUCUGCGUUUGGAAUCGACAAGCUCUCAACCUGCAAGACUGUUGCAGUUAAAAUGCUCAAAGGAGGUGCUACAUCAAACGAACGAAAGGCUCUGAUGUCAGAGUUAAAGAUCCUGAUCCACAUUGGUCAUCAUCUCAAUGUGGUCAACCUGCUGGGAGCCUGCACCAAACCUGGAGGGCCACUGAUGAUGAUCGUGGAGUUCUGCAAAUAUGGCAACCUAUCUAACCAUUUAAGAAGCAAGAGAGACGAUUUUCUUGUUUACAAGAGCCCAGACGGUAAAGUGGUGUCAGCAGGGUCAGGCUGUGAGCUGAGCGAGCUGAUGAAGCGCCGCCUGGAGAGCGUGGCCAGCACCGGAAGUUCAGCCAGCUCUGGCUUCAUCGAAGAUAAGAGCUACUGCGACUCUGAGGAAGAGGAAGAAGAUUCUGAAGAUUUAUACAAAAGAGUCCUCAGCCUAGAGGAUUUAAUUUGCUACAGCUUCCAAGUUGCAAAAGGCAUGGAGUUCUUGGCUUCACGGAAGUGCAUUCAUCGUGAUUUGGCUGCAAGAAAUAUUCUGCUGUCUGAGAACAACGUGGUGAAAAUCUGUGAUUUUGGACUCGCCAGGGACAUCUACAAAGACCCGGAUUAUGUUCGCAAAGGAGACGCUCGACUGCCUCUCAAGUGGAUGGCUCCUGAGGCCAUUUUUGACAAGAUUUACACCACCCAGAGUGAUGUUUGGUCCUUUGGUGUUCUCAUGUGGGAGAUUUUCUCUUUGGGCGCCUCCCCGUAUCCCGGCGUCCAGAUUGAUGAGGAGUUUUGCUGCAGGCUGAAGGAAGGGACCAGGAUGAGGGCACCAGAUUAUGCUUCCUCUGAAAUAUACCAGACCAUGCUGGACUGUUGGCAGGGCGAGCCGAAGGAGCGACCAACCUUCACUGAGCUGGUCGAGAGGCUCGGAGACCUGCUCCAGGCCAGCGUGCAACAGGACGGCAAACACUACAUACCCAUCAACACAGCCCUACUGGUGACGGUGGGAGAACAGACCGCCUCAGUGCCGGCAGAGGAGACGUCCACACGGCCCAUCUCCCUCCGCAACUCAGGGGGCACAUGGAACAUCAAGAUUCGUCCUGCAAGUGUAAAAACGUUCGAUGAGGUCACCAUGGAGAACGUCAAAAAUGAGAAGCACGAAGGUCAGUCAGACAGUGGGAUGGGCCUUUCAUCGGACACCAUGAAGACUCUUAUGCGCUUCGAGUCGUUGGCAGGGCGACCUCUGAGCAUCAUGGCUUUGGCGAAGAAGGCAGUAAGUAAGAGCAAGGAGUCGGUGCUGAGUGACGCAGAGAAGGAGAGCUUCCUUCCCGAGAUUCCUCCUUUGGACUUCACUCUGGAUGACUCGGUUCUGGAUGCCAGCCUGGAGUGUCACAGCCCUCCGCCCGACUACAACUAUGUGGUGCGCUACUCCACCCCUCCUGUCUAGCAUCCCACCUUUUUCCAGCGGAGAAUCUCACGAGUGAAAGGCCUCGGCUUUGUUUUGCCCUGCUUUGACUCUUGAUCCAAAAUGUUCUCUGGCGCGGAUUGGGAUUUGGAAAAUCUCUUGUACUGUUUCGAAAAUGAUCAACUUCACAUCAUCCGACCUCCAGAGAGUCAACUGUGCAACAAAAGCAAACCUGUGGACUGUUGAUCUGGUCUUGAGGUGUUAGUGCUGCUGGUCCAUUCCACUUUCACUGAGAUGUGUCGUACAGCUGAAAGCAGGCUCAGGUAUUAUUAUUUAGAUCUACUGUGAAACAAAUCACAUUAAUUUCAGCUUCACCACAGCUCUGAAAAUGAUGAUGAUGAGGAUGAAGAUAAAGGACAGGUAAAGUUAAGCAGUGUUAUUUUUCCAUAAACAAAAAGUCGAUUAUUAAAAAACAAACGGGGGAUUGUGUCCAUGUCAGGGAAACUUUUGUAAUUUACGUCCUAAUUGCAUUCUUAAAAACAAAAAAAGGAAUCAAAGUCAGCUCCACAAACUCAGGAUGACUCAGAGUGGCAGAGAGGUGCACUCUGGGUGUUUUUUUGAUCUCUCUUGACUUUGGGAAAAUCACAGGUUAUUGGGGGAAACAGGGUUCAGCUUUAAUCAUGCAGCUCAACCGCAGCUCAACCAAAGUGUUGCAAUUAGUCACUGCACGUGCACAUUCAUCUCCCUUCCUGCGCCAGUUAGGGUGUUAAAGAAACGUUGUGUUGGUUUUUUUGGGCCAAACCUAAAGGGAAAUAAAACCUGAUUUGUAUAUUCUGUAAAAAUGUAGUUAAAGCAUAGGAAAGUGAAGGAGACGUUGCAGAAACACUUAAUUCCAAAGCACUACCGAUAUGAAUUAUUUAUAUCCAUAGUUAACACUGUCAUUUAGUCAUGCAGUUUUGUUCAUUUAGUCUAGUGUGUAACCAACUUUCUUGUCACCCCUCCAUUGUUUAAUCCCUGCUGUAUUGAAGCUGCGCUGACCUCCACCCUUUCUCUGGUUUGUCGUAUUUUAACAUCUUUUGCAGCAUUUCAUUCACAGGAGGAGUGUUUCUCUCGUUCAAUCUUGUAGUCGAGCACAAACUUGGCAGGUAGUUAUUUUAUGUUUGACUAGAAAAGCAGUAUUUGUGUCAUUGAGUUAACUCCAAGUGUGUUUUAUUUUGAAGGACAUGACUAUGCACUGAUACUUCGAGUAUAACUCUGUUAUUGUAUUUUAACAUAUUUUAUUGUGAGACAGUGUUAAAGGUCAAAUGUUUCAAAGGUGUUUUUGUUCAUAUUUAACUCUCAUCUAUAUAUUAGGAAAAUAACAUUUCUGUAUUUGUUUUUAAUGUGUCGUAACACAAUCAUGCUUUCUGUUAUCAGACACUUCUAACUUUUUACUACUUAUAUCUUAAUUUCAAAGCUAACAGUGUUCUGGGUUUGUUUUUAGUUUUAUUGCUGACCAUAUUCAGAAAUUUGUUUUUUACAUUUUUCCAUCAUUUACAAGAACUAAUGAGUUUUUUCUGCAGCUUAAAGUUAAUGAGUUCAUGAGUUUUAAAAAGAUGAAUAAAGAUUUAUAUAUUUAUGCA